AUGCAGUCGAGAAGAUCCAGAGCUUCCAUUUCCAUCUCGCAGCAGAGAAUGAUGUCUCACUCUAUGGCCGGCCUAUCGCUGGAACAACAGAAAAUGCUAUACUACGUUGGUGUGGACGUUGGUACUGGCUCUGCCAGAGCGUGCAUCAUCGACAGCAUGGGUAAUAUUUUAUCGCUGGCCGAAAGACCCAUUCAAAGGGAGCAGUUGAAACCCAACUUCAUAACACAAUCGUCGCAGGAAAUCUGGCAGUCGGUGUGCCACUGUGUGAAAUCAGUGGUGCGCGACUCGGGCGUUCCAAGCGAGAAAAUCCACGGUAUCGGUUUCGACGCCACUUGCUCGCUUGUGGUGGUCGAAGAAGGCUCCAACAAAGAAGUGGCAGUGGGCCCAGACUUCAGCAACACAGACCAGAACAUCAUUCUGUGGAUGGACCAUAGAGCCAUGGAGGAAACCGCAGAGAUCAAUGCUACGGGUGACAAGUGUCUGAAAUACGUCGGUGGCCAAAUGUCGGUAGAAAUGGAAAUCCCAAAGAUAAAGUGGCUCAAGGGCCAUUUGCCUGACGGCAAGUUCAAAGACUGCAAGUUUUUCGAUCUUGCCGACUAUCUCACGUUUAAAGCCUCCGGCAAAGAGACGCGUAGUUUCUGCUCCACCGCGUGCAAGCAGGGUUUGUUGCCAGUGGGUGUUGAGGGCUCCAAGGAAGGAUGGUCUCGCGACUUUUUCACUCAGAUCGGUCUGGAAGAACUGGUCGAAGACGACUUCCGCAGAAUUGGUGGCUCGAUAAAAAACGACAACCACGGCAAGAACUUCUUGAGUGCUGGUGAGUUCAUUGGUGCCAUCGAUGAGUCAGUGGCGGAAGAGCUAGGCCUCUCAAACCACUGUGUCGUAGGUUCCGGUGUCAUCGACGCCUACGCUGGAUGGGUCGGAACUGUAGCUGCGAGAACCGACGUCGCGCUACCGGCCUUGACUAAAAGUGACCGCGAAAAGACCGGUAUUGACCGUGCAACAGGUCGACUUGCUGCUGUCGCCGGUACCUCAACCUGCCACAUCGCCAUGUCUCGAGACCCUGUUUUUGUCGACGGUGUUUGGGGUCCUUACAGAGACGUAAUGGCCAACCAGUUUUGGUGUGCUGAAGGUGGUCAGAGUUGCACUGGUGCUUUACUAGCACAUGUUCUAACCACACACCCCGCAUAUACUGAACUGUCGCAAUUGGCUGAUGCCGCAAGUGUUUCCAAGUUCGACUACCUGAACUCCAGGUUGGAGACUCUGGCACAACAGCAAAAGGCACGCUCUGUGGUUCAUUUGGCCAAACAUCUAUUUUUCUACGGUGACUACCACGGUAACAGAUCUCCAAUCGCUGAUGCGUCCAUGCGUGCUGCUAUCAUCGGUCAAUCCAUGGAUAACUCCAUUGACGAUCUGGCUCUUAUGUAUCUGGGAGCUUGUGAGUUCAUUGCACAGCAAACUAGACAGAUUGUCGAGAAAAUGACAGCUUCAGGACACGAUUUGUCGACUAUUUUCAUGUCUGGUGGUCAAUGUCGUAAUGGUCUGUUGAUGAGACUUUUGGCCGACUGUACGGGGUUGCCAAUUGUUAUUCCAAGAUACAUCGAUGCCGCUGUUGUGUUCGGUUCUGCCUUGUUGGGAGCUAUUGCUAGUGAGAGUUUCGACAAAAGCGGCACUAAAUCAGCAUUGUCCGUGAGCCGUAAGUCCUCAAUUGCUGGUGACAUGUCACACAAGUCGAAAUUGGGUUUGUCUAAACUAAGUGGCCUUGGUGGUGACGAUUUGCCAUCGCCAUACACUGCUCCUUCUGCCACUGCGAGCACCUCUCAGAUUGCCACUGUUGGGUUCCCAUUCCCAACUUCGGACGAAGACCAGGACACCGAUGAUCAGAUCGAUGAAGGCGAAGAGAGCGGAACAGGGUUGAACUUCAAAGCACAAUCGAAGUGGAAGAAAGACAUGGAAGACCGCAUGAAGGGUAGAUCUUCAGACAACGGAGACACCAUGUGGAAUGUUAUGUACACCAUGACUGGCAGCGGUAAGGUUGUCCAGCCAUGUUCGGAGACUCAUCCCGACCGCGUGCUGCUGAACACCAAGUACCAAAUUUUCCUCGACAUGGCCGACACCCAGAGAAAGUACAGAAAGAUGGUCGACGAUGCCGAAAAAUGA